CGGGGCGGCGCGGGCGGUUCAGCACCAGGGAGAGCGCCCGCACCGCUCCGCACCCCCCGCGCCGCGCCGAGCCGGGCCGGGCCGCGCCGGGGCCGCGGAUGGGGCCGCGCUGAGCCGGGCGGGCGGCCCGCGGGCCGGGCGGGCGGGCGGGCGCGGGGGGCCCGGCGGGCUCCGGGCCGCCCGUGGAUGAGCACCAUGCGGCUGCUGCUGCUCGCCCUCCUCUUCUCCUCCUCCUUCGCCCGCGCCGGCUGCGACCCCAAGAUCGUCAACAUCGGCGCGGUGCUGAGCACCAAGAAGCACGAGCAGAUCUUCCGCGAGGCGGUGAACCAGGCCAACAAGCGGCACGGCACCUGGAAGCUCCAGCUCAACGCCACCUCUGUCACCCACAAGCCCAACGCCAUCCAGAUGGCCCUGUCCGUCUGCGAGGACCUCAUCUCCAGCCAGGUCUAUGCAAUAUUAGUUAGCCACCCUCCUGCUCCCAACGAUCACCUAACACCAACACCUGUAUCAUACACAGCUGGCUUCUACAGGAUCCCUGUCAUUGGUCUGACAACACGCAUGUCUAUAUAUUCUGAUAAGAGCAUCCACCUGUCCUUUUUGCGCACGGUCCCUCCAUACUCUCACCAGGCCAACGUCUGGUUUGAGAUGAUGAGAGUCUUCAACUGGAACCACGUCAUUCUGAUAGUCAGUGACGACCACGAAGGUCGUGCUGCACAAAAGAAGCUGGAGACCCUCUUGGAGGAGAAAGAGUCCAAGAGUAAAAAAAGGAACUAUGAAAACCUCGACCAACUUUCCUAUGACAACAAGCGAGGACCCAAGGCUGAGAAAGUGCUUCAGUUUGACCCUGGAACCAAAAAUGUGACAUCGCUGCUGCUGGAGGCGAAGGAGCUGGAGGCUCGAGUCAUCAUCCUCUCUGCCAGUGAGGACGAUGCAGCCACGGUGUACAGAGCAGCAGCCAUGCUCAACAUGACGGGCUCGGGCUAUGUGUGGCUGGUGGGGGAGCGGGAGAUCUCGGGCAGUGCCCUGCGUUACGCCCCUGAUGGAGUGAUCGGCUUGCAGCUCAUCAAUGGGAAGAACGAGUCCGCCCACAUCAGUGACGCUGUUGCCGUGGUGGCACAGGCCGUGCACGACUUGUUUGAGAAGGAGAACAUCACAGACCCACCACGGGGCUGCGUGGGCAACACCAACAUCUGGAAGACGGGACCCCUUUUCAAGAGGGUGUUGAUGUCCUCCAAGUACUCGGAGGGUGUCACUGGCCGUGUGGAGUUCAACGAGGACGGGGACAGGAAGUUUGCCAACUACAGCAUCAUGAACCUGCAGAACCGGAAACUAGUCCAAGUUGGGAUUUACAAUGGCAGCAAUGUCUUGACCAAUGACAGGAAGAUUAUCUGGCCCGGGGGAGAAACUGAGAAACCUCAAGGCUAUCAGAUGUCGACCAAGUUGAAGAUCGUGACGAUCCACCAAGAGCCCUUUGUGUAUGUGAAGCCUACGCAAGCAGAUGGGACAUGCAGGGAGGAAUUCACCAUCAAUGGAGAUCCUGUGAAAAAGGUCUUCUGCACUGGACCCAACGAGACCAUCCCAGGCCGUCCCACAGUGGCUCUGUGCUGCUACGGCUUCUGCAUCGACCUGCUCAUCCGGCUGGCAGGGGUCAUGAACUUCACCUAUGAGGUUCACCUGGUGGCUGAUGGUAAAUUUGGUACCCAAGAGCGGGUGAACAACAGCAACAAGAAGGAGUGGAACGGGAUGAUGGGGGAGCUGCUGAGCGGCCAAGCAGACAUGAUUGUGGCUCCCCUCACCAUCAACAACGAGCGGGCUCAGUACAUCGAGUUCUCCAAGCCCUUCAAGUACCAGGGACUCACCAUCCUUGUGAAGAAGGAAAUCCCCCGCAGCACCUUGGACUCAUUCAUGCAGCCCUUCCAGAGCACCCUCUGGCUGCUGGUGGGGCUGUCCGUGCACGUGGUGGCAGUGAUGUUGUACCUCUUAGACCGAUUCAGCCCGUUUGGCCGGUUCAAAGUAAACAGUGAGGAGGAGGAGGAAGAUGCCCUGACCCUCUCCUCAGCCAUGUGGUUCUCCUGGGGGGUCCUGCUGAACUCUGGCAUCGGAGAAGGUGCUCCCCGGAGUUUCUCUGCCCGUAUUCUUGGCAUGGUGUGGGCUGGCUUUGCUAUGAUCAUUGUGGCUUCAUACACUGCCAACCUGGCAGCCUUCCUGGUGUUAGACCGACCUGAGGAGAGAAUCACAGGCAUCAAUGACCCCCGGCUGCGCAACCCCUCUGAUAAGUUCAUCUACGCCACGGUGAAGCAGAGCUCCGUGGACAUCUACUUCCGACGGCAGGUGGAGCUGAGCACCAUGUACCGGCACAUGGAGAAGCACAACUAUGAGAGCGCUGCCGAAGCCAUCCAGGCAGUGAGGGACAACAAGCUCCACGCCUUCAUCUGGGACUCGGCCGUGCUGGAGUUUGAAGCCUCCCAGAAGUGUGACCUGGUGACGACGGGGGAGCUUUUCUUCCGCUCUGGCUUCGGGAUUGGGAUGCGCAAGGACAGCCCGUGGAAGCAGAACGUCUCCCUGGCCAUCCUCAAGUCCCACGAGAACGGCUUCAUGGAGGACUUGGACAAGACUUGGGUGAGGUAUCAAGAGUGUGAUUCCCGUAGCAAUGCCCCAGCAACACUCACCUUUGAGAAUAUGGCAGGUGUGUUUAUGCUGGUGGCUGGAGGUAUUGUUGCCGGGAUAUUUUUAAUAUUCAUAGAAAUAGCUUACAAAAGGCAUAAGGACGCGCGGAGGAAGCAGAUGCAGCUGGCGUUUGCGGCCGUUAAUGUGUGGAGGAAAAACCUGCAGAGAGAACUGAGAAGGAGGAGCAAAUGUAUCCCCGAGCAUGCUCUACGCACCAGCGGGAUACAUUUUGGUUACCCCCGUGCGGUAGCAGAGCCAGACCUGGUCACUCCGUCCCCCGUCGGAAAGGUCACACUCAUUGGCACGAAAGCAAUUGGGGAGGAAUCGUUGUCAGCGCCCGCCGCCGAGCGCGGCCGGUCCCCUCGGCUCGCUGCCCCCGCACCAUGGCGGCUGGUGCUCCCAGCCUGCGCCAACCAGCAGUAUCACCCCACCGACAUCACUGGCCAGCUCAACCUCUCCGACCCCUCAGUCAGCACUGUGGUGUGACCUUCUCCCUGAGGGCCAUCAGUCCUUGCCCAACACAGUAGGAAGGCAUAGCCAGGACUGCCUUUCAAGGGACACUGAUGGGUUCUUCCGGGUGAGAUGGGAGGAAAGCAUCCUUCAUCCAUACACAGUGACUCCAUUGUAUAUCUCCCUCCCUUCCCAGGCCUGCUGCCAUGCUCGUGCCCCAGAACGCACAGCAGAACCAGGACACGGUUUGGACUCCACUGUACAGAGAAUAUUGCUUCCAAGCAGAGUCACAAUAAUCAGGAUUGCCACUGACUGGCUCCAUGCAAGGGGAAAGGACUGCGGAAGGCACAUGGUGCCUGCUCUACCAUGGUAGUGGGGAACAUCUGGUGCCAGACCACAAACACGUGCUCCACUGUGCAGGCUGCAGGCUUCUCAGCACACACAGCCCCUCAAACGUGUGCUCCAUGUUUCCCACCACCUGGAGGGCUCCAGUGCAACGUGCUGGUCCUGAGUAGCUGGAGCAGCCGGUGUGGUUCGGCAGGUUGGGCACAUGUUCCUGUUGUACCAAGUGACCCCCACGUCUGCUGCAGGGGCUGGAAGAUGUGUGCUCUGCUCCCUGCAGGGUAUGACCCCCUGCUCCUCCCUCCCAUCAGCUCCGGGCUGUGACUUGGCUCCUGUCCAUGGUCUGUUUGCAGCAGGAGCACUCCCACCCUGCAGCCCAUGCUCCUGUGCUAAUUGUGGUACCCUGGAGCCCACAGCGUGCUACCAGCCAAGGUCCCAGCUCCCCACCUCUCCUGCACAGAAGACACCCCCAGGACCUGGCCAUGGCCAGCAUGUAGCACUCACCCAGUGGCUCUCCUAGCCAGGAAUUCUCCAUGAGGAAUGGCUCUGGAUGGUUGCACUGACCUUUACCCAAGCUCCACACUGCCUCAGCACCAGCAAUGCAAGGAGAGAUGCUGCUGGCUGGUCGUGGCUUGCUGCCUGCAGUGUCGGGGCACACGGGCGGCACUGCCAGCUUCCCUGCCACCCUCACCUGUAGUUCCAGUUUGCCAGUAGCGCCCAUGGCAGCCUUGAAGCCUCAACUCAUGGCGCUGCAUCUGCCUGAACCUGGACACAUGGAAACCAGAUCGCAGUUCAGGAGAAGGAAACCAAACAAGCCAGGCUGAUGCCAUUCCUUCCUGCACCUUCCUCCCCUCAAGCCUACCCCCAUGUGCCAGCACCUCUGAGCACCCUCACUGUGGGCUCUGGGAGUGGGUGCAGAGACACCAGCACUGGGGGAAGCAUCUGGUACCAGCCAGGCUGGUGAUGAGCAGCUACUGCACAUGCACAGGCAGCAUCAUAUCCCGUCUCCUGCAAACAUGGAAAACCCACCUGCAAUGUGGUACCAAGCCCCAGUGGCAUGAACUGCCUUCUCCCUGCCCCAGCCAAGCAGACAGGGCUUCCCCCAGGGGCAAGCAGCCCCACAGGCAGGAUUUUCAAACGGCAGCUGAGGUCUGUGAGCAUCGUCCCACUGACUGCUGUGGCUCCAUCUAGUUCAUCUAGCUCCAGCUGAGAAAUUGGACCCAUUCUACUUUGUACGUCAAUGUAACAUUAAUACCGAGUUUUUGCAAGAGCUCAGUAAAGUCUAGACUGGAUCAUGAA